CUUUCUACUAGCUCGUGUUGCACGUUGCCGUCACGCCAGUCUGAGGCGAUAGGCCGGAAAGGGAGGGGAUGGGGGACGGCGCCUACGCGAAGCGCGUGCUGCUCGCCUCCGCCGGCGACGACGUCUCGCGGGGGAUCGCCUCCACCCUCGCCACCCAUGGCUGCAGGUACGUAACCUACCUCGCCAUCUCCGCUCUCUGUCUCUCUGAUUCGUCUUUCGGCGUAUGUAGGGUGGUUUUGGUCGGCGACGAGGGCGCCCUGGCUGGGACGGCGGAGGCGGCGCGGCGGUGUGCGGGCGGAGGAGGGGUCGCGGUGGUGGGGCUGGAUCUCCACGCCUGCGACGAGGCGGCCGUCGACGCGGCGGUGGACACUGCGUGGCGCUGCUUCGACGGCCUGGAUGCCAUGGUGAAUUGCUACUCCUACGAGGGUGAAGUGCAAGAUUGCCUAAAUAUAAGUGAAGAUGAGUUCAAGAAGACCAUGAAAGUGAAUGUCAUGACACCUUGGUUUCUAGUAAAGGCAAUGGCAAAGCGGUUCCGGGACUCAGAAUCCAGUUCUGGGGGGUCUUUUGUAUUCGUAACUCAGAUUAUUGGUGCUGAAAGAGGAUUAUAUCCUGGUGCUGCUGCAUAUGGCACAAGCUUAGGUGCUAUUCACCAAUUGGUCCGGCUGUCAGCAAUGGAGCUGGGCAAGCACAAGAUCAGGGUGAACGCUGUCUGCCGCGGGCUGCACCUGGGCGACAGGUUCCCGGAGUCGGUAGGGAAGGAGAAGGCGGAUAAGGCAACGAGGGAGGUGAUGCCGCUGCGGCGAUGGCUGGACCCGGACAAGGACCUGGCGUCCACGGUGCUGUACCUGGUCGGAGACGAGUCUCGGUACAUGACGGGCAGCACCAUCUACGUGGAUGGCGCCCAGUCCAUCGUGCGCCCGCGCAUGCGCUCCUUCAUGUAGAUUCACCACCGUAACCAGCUUAUUUAUAUGUACUGCUAGCCAUUCCAAUUACAAAGAAAGCUCCAUUAUGUGCUUCUGUUUAUAUGAACAGUACUAGUACUGUCUUGGUUAAAUCAAUAUGACAUCGCGCACAGUUAUCAGUGCGAAACAAAACCGAUUGGUUUUCGCUUGUAAAUACUUCACAAAGAGCUAUAUUUUUAUAGAUAUUUUAAAAUGAGGAAUUAAAAUAAUUCCAUCGGC